AUGGUUGAUUCAGCUCCGAAAGCUGAAGCUCUUGAAGCUCUUGAGGCCCCAACUCCGCCGGCUCCUACUCCGGCAGCUAAUGAGGUGAAGAAAGAGGCAGAUGCUGUGGCCACACCUGCUGCUCCAGCGGUUAGCCAGGAGGCCAAAAUCUCACCUUCCAAAAUGAAGCUUGAGAUGGAUGUGAUGGAUGAUGGCGAUGGUGGUGUCACAAAGCCUCUCAGCAAAGAUGCUACUUCUGAUACCCAGACUGCGGCUUCUUCCAAGAGUGGAUGCGCCGAGCAGUUGUGUGCUUGUUGUGGGCAAGAGACCCGAGUGCCGAAGUGCAUUUACGGGCCAGAGUGCAAGAAAGCGCUCAACAACAUUGACAAGCAAGAAGCCACCGCUACCAAUCCGCCUAGAUCAGGUCCAAGAUGGAAGAGAUGGCAGGAAACGAAGCGCCAAGGUGGACCCAAGCUGAACGGCGUCAUCAUGGCCUACAGGAAAACCUGCCAAGAGUCCCAGGGUUCAGGCAAAAGCAGGGGCAAGUAUGACUUUGUCCGCUCUUUGGAGGAGAUGAAAGUGAGCACGGAAGUUGCACAGGGCAGCAAGCUGCGCUACAUGACUCUUGCCCGGUGGUUGACUCAUGCGCAGGAGGAGUUUGACAUGAGCGUCACAGAUGCAGAGAAGGAUUGGACUGAGGCUGAGCGAGUAACUCCAGCAUCGCUGAAGAGGCAAACCAAGAGCGGCCUACUUCGCCUCCCCAUGCCUUAUGAGGAAUACAUCACAGGUGAGGAUGCGGUGCAGCAUUCCAAGGCUCUCGUCGUAGAGGAGCAGCACAAGAAGGUUAAUAAGGAGACACUGGGGAAGCUUGAGAAGCAGACACACUUGGGACAAUUUGGUUUCAAUGAUGCUCCUUUUGAAGAUGUUGGAGGCCGCCUCUUUAGCAAAGCAUCAUGUGGUGAGAAACCGCUUUUCAGUGGCUUGCGCUUUGGUGACCAAGGGCACGUGCAAGACCUUGGUUCUCUUUCUGGUGGUGUUCCUGACGCUCCUGCCGGUGCCGGUGAAGGCAGCAGCAGUGCUGGUAGCGGUGUUGCCGCCUCUGUUCCCCGACCAGCAAAUCCGGGUCCAGAGCCACAACCGAAGCCGCAGCCAAAGAGGGCCAAACGGUACGAUGUGGCUGCCAACCAGAACAAGUUGAACGAGCGAAUUGAGCAAGAUUUGAUGGCUGCGUGUAAGAAGUUGCUGACGGAAGUGGAGGGUGAGAAAGACAAGAUCAUGGGCCUGCUGACCAAUGCAGAUUUGGACAAGUAUCAUGCCUACAUCGUCACCAUGAAGGCCCGGGCUUGCCUGGUGCGAAUGGUCUUGUCCACAGAUUCUGAUGCAGAGGAGAAGUUGCGUAAGCACAUGGAAGACUUGAAGAGUAAGCAGGAGCCCAUGCCAGUCGAGGGGGCCAUCACUUGCCUGUCAACUGCUCAGGCCUCCUUGAAGCAAAAAGUCCGCGAAGGCAAAGAUGAAGACAGCAUGAAGCUUGUUCAAAAUGAAUUGAAGGAAAGCGUUGCUAUGUUCAAGAAGCUCUCGGCAGCUGCAUCCCGGGCCGCCAGCGACCUCAAGAAAGCCCUGGAAGCUCGCAAGCGAAAGGCAGCUGUAGCCUUGCAGAAGGAGGCCAAGGCUGAGGAGAGGCAAAGAACGAAAGAGGAAAAGGAGGUUGCUAAGGCUGUCAAGCUUGCAAAGAAUGGCACUGAGACACCAUGCUUGUGGCUGCCGCAAAGUACAGUCGGCCACUUGCAAAAAGAUUUGGUGAUGGUCAAAUCUUUGGCGGAUCUUUUGACCGAAUCCAAGCGUGAUGCCAGUGCAAUUGCCAAGGGCGAGCCUUUCUGUGUCGAAGAUGCGUCUUCCGUGCAGAAGUACUUGACCGAAAACACUGAGUUGGCAGGCAUCAUGCAAGUCUUUGAGGCCCAGUACCCGAUGUCCAGGCAGGCCAAGGAACGGCAACGAGCUCAGACACCGUUGAAACUGGAAGGAACCACCCUGCAGCAGAAAAUGAUGGAGUACAUGGUCAACUCUCAGGGAGCUGUAGCAGGUGACGUGCAGGUGUCGGCCUAUGGUUUCACCAGCGCAAUGCAAUUCGCAGGGCCUGAGUACUUAGCUAUGCCAACGCUGAGAUUUGCUUCAAAGGGGCAGAGGGAGAUCAUCAUUGCAAAUGUCCAUGACCUGUGGUUCAACAUGCCGGACAGCCAGAAAGCAGGGCUGCAGCUCACUGAGGAGUUCAACGUCACCACGGUUUUGGGCAACGGUAUGAUGGCAGUGAAUUUGGCAGAUGGGUGGUUGGGGCAGCUUGCAAAGUUGCCGAAGGAAGAGCAGAAGAUCUUGUACCGUGGCAUCAUCAAGGAGAAUUCCAUGCUGUACCUGCCCGGUGGCGUGAUUAUCCUUGAGAAAUGCUUGAAUGGGAAGCCGUGUUUGGGUUUGAGGAUUAGCGUCCCAGACUCCUCCCCAAUCACAAAGAAGAACUUGGAGGUGUUGCUUAGUGUUCACUCUGCUUAUGCGCCAGAGGAUUCCAAGCUGUCAAAGCAGUGGAAGACUGCGCUUGGUCGUGACUGA